GGGGAGUCUCCUUUGGCCAGUGAAAGUAAUGUCAAACCGUUACCUCCCUACCUCAGGUGGCUCGGCCUCUGGCUUGAUCGCACCCUGUCAUUUGAGCAUCACAUUCGUGUCAUGGCAGCGCGUGCUCAGUCCCGGGUCAUCGCCCUGCACCAACUCGCAAACACCCAGCGAGGCAUCUCGGUCGCCCAAGCCCGCCUUCUCUAUCUCUCUACCGUUUUGCCCGUGCUCACCUUUGGC